UCCAUCUGGUCAUUUUGCCGCCAAACCACUGAGAAAAAACAACGCAAAUCAGUAUGAGUCUAGGAUUAGCCAGAUCAAGAGGAAGAGGAAACUCGAUAUCUCUUGAUAAACUCAUCGAAUGCAGGAAAAAUCUUUCAAAACCAUCACCAAGACUCUGGCCUGACGAACCAGCUCGACCUCAGACAACGCACCUCGAUGAAACAGGACAACCCGUUGUGGAAAUCCAUCAUCCGUUGCUCCAAAAGCUCGAAUCUUUAAGAUCCCCGAACGAUUUUGAUCAAGUCUAUGCCCAGAUUGUAGUCUCUGGGCUCCUUCAACACUCUCUUGUCUCAGGACGAGUGAUCAAAAAGCUCUGCACGUGUUUUAACUCGGCUUCACGGGCUGCUUCGGUUUUCGAUUCCAUCUAUGAACCUGACGCGUUUAUGGGUAACACUGUUCUGAGGUGUUUAAUUAAUUCGAGACAACCGCUGGGUGCGUUGAGGUUUUACUACGAGAAAAUGGUGGCGAGAUGCGUUUUGCAGAACCAUUACACGUGUCCGUUAGUGGCAAAGGUGUGUGCGGAGAUUGGGUUUGUAAAAGAUGGGGAAAAGAUUCAUGCUUUGGUUUCCAAGAAAGGGUUUGGUUUAGAUUUGUUUGUGAGGAACUCUUUGAUUCAUAUGUACUCUGUUUUUGGACGGAUACGAGAUGCACGCAAGGUGUUCGAUGGUGGGUAUAUGUUUGAUUUGGUUAGUUGGAAUGUGAUGAUCGAUGGGUAUGUGAAGAACGGUCGAGUCGAUAUUGCACGCAAGGUGUUCGAUGAAAUGCCUGAAAGAGAUGUUUUCUCGUGGAACUCUAUGCUUUGCGGUUACGCGAGAGUUAAAGAUAUGGAGGAAGCUCGUUGUUUGUUUGAGGCUAUGCCUGCUCCUGAUGCUGUUUCUUGGAACUGUAUGAUUGAUGGUUAUGCUGCGGGGGGAGAUGUUGUAAUGGCGCGUGUGUUUUUCGAUAGAAUGCCCAGAAGGAAUGUUGUUUGUUGGAAUACAAUUUUGGCUCUUUAUGCGAGGAACAAGAACUAUACAGAAUGUCUUAGACUUUACGAGGAGAUGGUGGAUAAAGAAGAUGGCUUUAAGCCAAACAAAGCAUCUAUUACAAGCGUCUUGACAGCUUGUGAGAGGUCUUUGAUGGGAUGAGAGAGAGAAGCAUUGUGUCGUGGAACUCUAUGAUCAUGGGAUAUGGCAUGAAUGGGGAUGGAGAGAAAGCUGUAGAGAUGGUUC